AUCAUCGAUGCAUAAUGUCUUCGUGUAAUGUUGUAAUAAUUCCGGUGGAUGGAAGCAAAAACAGUGAACGUGCAGUGGACUGUGAGUAUUUCCUUAAAUUUAAUAUUAUGUGGUGUACCUUGUACCAAAUGUUUUACGUGGCAUGCAUGGUAAGAUCAAUUUCCCUCGCCAUCACAGACUGUUCAUUCAUCAGUGGCUCUGUUGACAUCAUUGAGUGAACUUGUAUCAGAGUGCUGUAGAUAGUAUACGCUUAGUCAAGCUAAGAAUCUGACCUUGAUAAGACAUUUUGUGAUAUUGAUAGUGAAUGAAAGGUGGCCGAUAUAAAAGCUGAGAAUGUUGUAAGCUUAUUUAUAUUAACCUAGUUUUGUAAUCUGUGACAAAGUACAGGUUACAACAACGUGCCGAUCAGUGCGGGAUGAUAGUGCCCCACAUGGAAAUUGCUGGUUGUUAUCUGUUUUUACUAUUCUUGACUUGUGUACAUGUUUGUCUCUUAGUUGGAGGCGAUGACCUACACGUGUUAGAAAAGGCGUUCUUUUCUGUAUAACCAUAGUAAUAAUUACACUGUUUCUGUAUGAUUACAUCAGCUAAUCAUGCUUAAACCUUGACCAAAAAGGCACAUUUCUCUGCAGAUGUUUUUCGUAAGUUAGACAGAGGUAAAAGAAAAAUGUGAAAUAAAAUGUGCAAUGUCAUCUUGUACAAGCUUUAAAAGCUUAUAAGACAAAUUUAUAUUUGCUUACUUUUCCAUUCGUCAUAAUAAAGCUCUUUUUGAUUGACUCGUUUUUAAAUUUUAUUUGUACAGUAAAAGGGUGGAUAUGUAAAUAAUAGAGAAUUCUCGGUCAAAAACAUGUGCAAGGUGACAACGGUUUACAAGGAAAGAGGCUUUGAUAAUAUAUAGCUGGGGGUUCAUUUAAGCUGUAAAAAAAUUUUUUUUUCCUUUUCAACAAUAGUGGUAAUUUUACAUCUCACAGCAGAUUAACAUACUAAAUAUUGCAUUUGGUAUUUGUACCGUAAUGAUAUUAUUGCAGAGAUUUACAGUUAUGGAGUUUUUUGCACCUGACAUGUAACAGCAGGAAGUGUUUCUAACCGAAAAUUAAAACUCCAUUCCUUUAAUGAAAUAAUAUAAAAUUAUAUUAAGUAUUGUACAUUAAUUUUAUGGAAAGUGAAAAAUUUUGUUCAUAAGGUCAAGUUAUAGCAGUUAAAUAUAAUCGCUACUUUCUCUAUAAUCAUGUCCUUAUCAUUUUAUUCAGAAUAUCAUAAAUCAUUUUAGUAUUGAACUCUAUGAACACCAGCUGAAAGAAGAAAUAAUUACCAUUAUUGUGAUAUUGCUUUGAUUGAAGUCAGUUGAUGAUAUGACAUCACAAAGAAUAGUAGGCUGCCUUUGUAUUUUAGAGGAAGUUGUCAUCUCUUACGACUUAGUUGUGAAUCAGUAUCUCAAAAGAAGUGCUGUUAGUACACUUUGAUUUCCUAAAACUAUUGUAAAAUUUCAUCUUUCAAAAAACGUCAAAAACAGCUUCCAGAAAUGUGCAGAUUAAAAUUUGAGGAAUGUACUUUUAAUAAAAGUUAGCACUGUAUACUCCCUUUCAAACUUCAAUAUGCAGACCGCUCUGCAGUAAAAUUUAGCCUUUGAAAGAAUCAUUCAUUAUGUCACCUUUAAUCACCAAUAAUAAUAUUGAUAAAAGCUUGUGGCUAAUAAAAUUUUAACUAGAAUGAAAUGACAAAAAUUUUGAACUAUUAUCUUUUUCUGUCAUGUUAUUGUACAAAAAAACCCCAGCUACAUUUACUGUUUCUGAAGUACUGUCCAUAAAUUCUGCCCUGUUAAGAAACAUGGUUAAAUUUCAUCCCUCAAUAUUUACAUGUAUUGGUAACAUUAACGUAGUUUUUAUAAUCAUAAUUUCUAACGGAAACUUCCAUUUUUAAACAGUAGCAGUUCUAUUUAAAUUUUUAGUGUGGAUAAAGAAUAUUGAUGUAUAUAUUGAAUAUUGCUUUUUACAUAUCUUUUCAAACAUAGUCCGAAAAUGGCUUAAUUAGAGCUAUAUUAUUUUGAUAACCAUUCAAACGUUUUUUAAAGUUCACCCUCAGGCAUACAAGUGUCAUAUGGUUGUGGUUUUUAUUUUCCCGCAAUGGUAAGCAUGGUACAAAGCUCACUCUAUUUCAGACUGCUUUAGAGGAAGCUUAAUUAAUUAUAACAAAAUGUGAAAAAAUGACGUGGUAUAAUCUUUUGAGUUACAUGUAUAAAAUUCAUUAAAGUUGGCUGAAUAUCCUUAAUCUUACAUGUACAUGUAUAACAUCUAUCUCUUUGGUUAGAAGAUGGGAUGGAAGAAAAGGCCAACAGUAAUAUUAUUGGCUUUCAUUAACUUUAAUAAUAAUAACAAUAAUAAUUGAUGAUGAUAAUACAUGUACAUGUGAUUUUUAUCUAUAGUAAUAGUUAACUUGUAUAGCAAUGAUUUCAUUAGUUGCUAUUUUCACCAAUGCACAUUUGACUUUCUUUUCUUCAACAUCAUAACAGUUUCUAUUCAUUAUUUUGAACAGGGUAUCUUGCACAUCUUCACUUAAAGGGUGACAGAGUUGUUUUCCUACAUGCCUUUGACCCUCCUCCCAUGCAGUCAGCCAAACACAGUAAGGAUUUUCAUUUUGAAGCAUUAAAUUGAUGUUAAACAGUAAUGUUUAUUUAUUAUAAACAGAGGAGGUAAAACCUCUAGAUCUGCAGUUAGUUAAUAAAAUUGUAGUUGUGAAGACAAUAUUUCUGUAACAGUACAUGUACGUAGACCCUAAAGACUCAAAGAUAAACCACAAUGUGCACAGCUGAAUUUCUGGCCCAAGGUAAAGUUAAUCAAAUAUACAGUCAAAAACCAUUAAUGCAGAUAAUGAAGGGGUCAUAAAUUAUAUGGAGAGUGUCUGUAUUAGCAGGAUGUCCAUAUAAAGCAGGUGAUUUUAUCAAAAUAAGAAAAAUUUUUUUAUUAGAACAAAAUACUAAAUAAAUAAAAGAAGACAUUAGCGUUAACGUUAACCUUCAAAAAAGCUGUCCUUCCAGGGAUUACAAUCACAAAAUUAACACUCAAAAAUUGUUUAUCUCUAUAUUACUUGGUCAAGACCUUUCUCUGCACAAUUUCUUUGAUGCCAAAAAUUUGUAGUCUGAAAUCAUUCUCUCUGGUGUAUUGUAGCUCCGGCAAUAAUGACAAGCUGUCUACUGAAGGGUUUUUCACCUUUAAAAGGUCUACCUGUAUUAUACUAGGCUCACACAGUUUACAAUGAGGUGUCGGCAUUAGUGAGGUUGAAUUUCUAUGAGAAUCUGUAGACUGGACACGCAACAAGUGUUCGUUGUCCACAUUAUUGGGUGUCCAUAUUAAGGGGGUUGAAUUAAGGGACAAUUUAAGGGUUUUCCCCAGGGACAAAAUAAAGGAAACAUGUGCAUAAUAACAAGGAGUCCAUAAAAUGAGGUUUGACUGUAUUUCUAUCACUUUAUUCUUGAGCAGUAAAACCCUUUAGCCUUAAAAGUGAGUCCAGUCAUACAUGCAUUUUUGCUCCAACCUAGUGAAAAUAAAAAUCAGAGUUGUACAAAUUCUACAUACAGUCUAGAUGUAAGCAGUGUCAUUAGCUUGACAGAAUCAUUCAGAGUUGCCAGGAUCAGUCAGAAUGUUUUCAUUUUGUAGUUCCAGUAUCCGCUUCUGACUCAUUGAUCUAGAGAAAAGCAGAUUAACCAACCACAAUACUCAUUUCCUUCAUUUAAAAAUGUUACUUGCUCUUUAAUCAUGUUAAUUUCCUCUCAUGCAAUGUAAUAUUUUCUUUGGUUUGGGUCUAUUUAAGCCAUUAUUAACACAAGCAUUACACAUCACGUAAUUUCCUACAAAAUCUGCAUAAUAGUAAGGUACACUUUAGUUUUUCUGCUUCUGAGGGCAACUCUUGCAGUCUGGUUUUCACUAGAUCGUAAGAUUUAUUUUUUACUAAAAUCAAAAGGUUCUUUACUUCUGUGCAGUUGUAAAACCAGCUAUAGGAGGCAUCACUGUUUACAAACAUUUUUUUGUUAUAAUUUAUGGUGCAGGUUCUAAAGAUAAAUCUUCAUCUGUAAAUUUUUUUGUUGUCUUUUCCUUGAUAGCAAGUGUAGACUUCAAGAACAGCUAUGAUGAAUGGUGUGUCGUAAUUCAGAAGGCACAAGAUAAGGCUAGGUUCCUGCUCAAAGAGUAUGACCAGAAAUUUGUAGCACUUAAGGUACAGUGACAGAAAUGAAUAUACCAAUAUUAUAAGUAACUGUGACAUUCACUUAAUUAAGGUAGCUGACCUCGGAUCCACAAGAUGCAUGUACUGCUAAAGUUUGUUUUAGUCAGGUUGUGUUUGUUAUUAUUGUAAACAAAUAUCUAGAGCUCUCUCUCUCUCUUUUUCUUUUGACUAGAGCAACAUUCUAAGAUUUGUACAAAAAAAUUAAUGUAGCUUGUACAUUACUUGAGGUUUUAAAAGGGUACGGUCCAUUAUGAGCUUAUUUUCUGGUCAAUGAAUCAACUGAAUUUUUCAUAUUACUGAAUUGAAGUUUCUUGCUAUAGAAGAAAUUAAGGAAAAUGCAAGCUUAUAAAAAUUGCCAUGAGUACUUUUGGUCAUAACAUUUAUGAACCUCAACGGUGCAUUUACGGUAUUAUAUUAAUGUUUAUAUAUAGAGCAUGAAAAAUGAUCUCUUUGCUUUCAAAUGAAACACAAAAGUUUUCUUAGGCCCCCUUUACAUGGAGAAACGUUGUCCUGGGAAAGAGGCUUGUCAUCCCAGCCCAGUUAUCUUUAGAGAGCAUUUUUAUGAGAAAAAAAUUGAUCCUUUUGCCAAAAGCCAAGUGUAUUUAUGUAUGCUGUGAUUGUUUUGCCUUGACUGAGUUGACCUGGCUGGGUGAGCCAAAGUGUUUAUUUGGUGAAAAGCUGGACCAGCUGGGACAGUGACCUACAAUCCUGGACAAAAGUCCUUGGGACAGUGAGAGCAUAACUGUAAUUUAUUCUAUGUGUAUCACAAGAACUUUAUGCUGUAAAAAGCAGUGCUGUCAGUUUACAAAUCCAUAUCCCUUACCCCUUCCCCACCCAAUACAAUGUUGAAAGAUCAAUGGAAUUGUACCUUGACGGUUUCAACACUGUCUGUAGGGUGGGAGGAGGGAGUAGGGACAUGCAGUGUUAUUAGCGUGGGGAUACAAUUUCGUGUGUGUUAAAAAACAUUUGAACUGUACAACUGUCCCAACACAUUUUUCCAUGAUUGUAGCUUACCAUCAAAGAAAGGUGACCCAGCCAAGUGGGUCACCCUUCUAACGAAGCCUACUUUUUGUUCUUAUGUUAACAGUUCUCCAAGUGAAUUGUAUGAAAAGUAAGUUUGCCCAGGGUAGCUCGGGUAGGCGAGUGUCCCUUUAGUCUAUGGGACAAGUUUUCUUCACAUAAUGGUGCCUUAGUGACAUGUCAAGGAAAUUUUCGUGGGGGAAAAAUAAGGGUUUGGUCAUAAAUACUGUAAGGAUCGAGUAUACAAAUAUCCAACAGCAGUUAUUAACAGUCAAUUUGUUGCAACAUCACUUUGUCUUGAUUGUUCCUUUGUCAACAGGAUAAACUCUCAUACAAGUUGAUUCAUGACACAGGCCGGGCAGGAGAAGUAAUAGUCAGCUACAUCAAGAAAGAACAAGCUACCUGUAUUGUGAUGGGCUGUCGUGGACUGGGCAAGCUGCGGAGAACAUUACUUGGGAGUGUUAGUGACUAUGUUGUUCGACAUUCAACUAUCCCUGUCAUAGUGGUGCCUCCGUAG